CGGGAGCGUCAUUCUAUCCUUAUCACUCAUUAGAUAUAAAACAUAGAAUAACGCUCGUGCGACACGAGUGAUGUUCUCGAACGCAGCCCCCCGGACUCGACAAGUAUGUCGAUAUUACAGAUGUUUGCCGAGAGAAAUAUUGCUGUGUCGACUUUUCAAGUACAAAAAUUUUGACGAUGGCGGAGAUCACAGACAAAUGUGCAAACGCUAAUAACGAGGACUGUCCGCUGGCAAAGAAAGUUAAAUUGGACGAGGAAAAUGCGAAUGAAAAAAAGACAAUCGACGACAAUACUAACGAGUUGAAUCUAUCGGAUUUCAAAGUGGCGAAAAUAUUGCAAAAUAAUUGCGCGCGAAAAUUGAUAUGCGUAGAGGGAACGUUUGAGGGUCGGGAAGGAUCGGCAGUUGUUUUGCUCGAACAGAAGAGCUUUUCUUACGACACAAGUGUGUUGAAGAAAACUUUCUUCGACGAAGACACAACAUUUCGCAAGAUCUUCACUAACGAUAUCUACAGAACUUACAUCUGCUCUCCGGCCAAGGAUUAUAACAGCUUACAAGCGACUGUAAUACAUCCCGCCACACAGACUCAUAUUGACAAGUACAAAAAACAGGAUGUAUACAUGAUAGAUGAAACAUACGAUCUUUAUCAGCAAGUUACUCUUCCUCACAUAGAAUCGACAAGUUUAAGUUUAGAGUGGAUAACUAAUAUUUUGGAACACAAAGCUGAACAAGAAAGUGUUAUUUAUGAAGACCCUGACAAAGAGACUGGUUUUAUAUUAGUGACAGACUUCAAAUGGAAUAAAGAACCAGAUACAUUAAAGUUGUUGGCACUGCCAUUCAAGAAAAUUAGAUCAUUGAGAGAGUUGAAUGCUUCUCAUCUUCCUUUACUGAGAAAUAUACAAGAUGCUGGGAUAGCAGCAAUUAAUAAAAAGUUCAACAUUCCUAAGUCACAGCUCAGGAUAUAUUUCCAUUAUCAGCCAUCAUAUUAUUAUCUACAUGUGCACUUUUGCUAUCUUAUGUUUGAAGCUCCAGGAAUAUUUGUGGAGAAGGCACAUCUUUUGUCAACAGUUAUAAACAAUUUGGAACUAAUGCCGGAUUAUUAUAUGAAAGCAGUACUUUCAUAUGUGGUGUUUAAGGGUAGUCCACUUUAUGAGAAAUUUAAAGAGCACGGAACUUUAGAAAUGUCAUCAUGUGAAACAUAGUUGAUUACACAAUAAAUAAGACUGCUUUUACCUUACAAGAAUAUGUAGUUAUGUUUUAUAUUCAUACAUGCGGAAACACAAAAAAGAAUUGAAUCUAUAUAUAAAACAUGGACAGAUCGUGUAAUAGUAUGGUAAAGGUAAAUAAGAAUAAUAAAAAUGUGCUUUUUAUUAUUUAUAUAAUUUUUUACUUGUCACUUUUAAACUUUUUUUAUUACUUUGUAUCUGUGUACGAUGAUUUGACACAUUUAGUAGAGAGCAGUAAAAUAUUUUUGAAACAUGAGAAAAAAAGCUUUUUCAUAUAAUACAUAUACAUGUGUAGAUAUAUCUGUGUAUAUGUAUUCCUUUUGUUUCUUAUUAAAAAUUUUUCGCAAUCUCGUGUCGUUUUGGCAUAGACGCCGUUUAAUUUUACGAUAUAUGUAUAAUCAGUAUUCAUUUUCAUAUCCGAAAGUAAAGUGAAACCGCCACACUUUUUAAUUAAUAGGAACAUGUAGAUAAAAGUGCUUCAACAUAACCAGGUAUAUUAAAAUCAUCCUUUUAUAUAUUGUCAGCUAACAUAUUUGCUCAUUCUUGUAUUGCUCAUAGUUACUAGUUUAUAUCGAGUAUACAUUUUAUCUUGUUUUACAAAAAGAGAGAUCGGACUGGCAUUACUUAGAGGAUCGACUUAUGUCAAUUUUCAAACUGAUGUUUCUACAAGCGGAGAUCAUGUGUGUGUGUUGUAUAUGUAGAAUUUAUUUACUUCUUUCACUAAAUAUUUAUCAAAAAUAAACCAGAAAUAUCGGAUUAUAUCGUCAAUGGCAUUAUCAGCAUUACAACCAACCGUGGCUUCUUCGGAAUUGAUUACUUCUAUGUAAGCCUCUUGCAUCUGGACCCAUUGAGUGAUACGUAACGUAUAAAACAAUAUAAAGAUUUGUUAUUUCUUUGAUAAUCUACAAAAAAAAUAGAAAAGUAUGACAAAAAAUCUUUUUAUGUAAAAUAUUUAAAACGUACAAAAAAGAAUUUUAAUUACUCUUUUAUAAUUUAUCCAUCGCAGAAAAAUUACUCAGUCUCAAAAGGAGAGUUGUAAAAGGAAAUGUAAUAGAUUCUCUGUAUUUUAAUAUGAAAACAAAAAUCAAUUAUUUAUAUUCUACAUGACAGAUAGAAAAUAUGCAAAAGAAUAAUUUGUGCGUGUGUGUAUACAUGUAUAUGUAUAAACAUACAUACAAAUUAUUGCAGCACCGGUCACAAAAGUUUCGUUAGAAUAAGUUUUAAUUUCAAGUUAUGAACUAACUGUAGAAACGCAUAUAUGAUAAUGAUGUAUAUGAAUAGUUUUGCAAGUUUCACCAAAGUUUUUCUCUUUAACACUAAUUCAUAUAAGUGAUAUAUUCAGAACAUGUCAAAACGUACGUAGUUGCUCGAUUAGGCAUAAUAGAAUUAUAUGUGAUAUGACACACCUGUUUGUUUCAUUUUAUCCAAAAAUGUUACAAUAUGUUAAAAAUUUUCUCUCAACAAUUCUGCACGUGUGUGUAUAUAUAUGUUGAUUUUAAGUUUUACUUAAAUUUACAUAAGGGCAUUUGCGUGUAUGGUCGUGCGAUAUAUAAUGAGAUCAAUAACUGUUGUUGUGCCUAAUAUGCUACAUCGUCUCGCUCGGCGAUAUAACUUAAUAACUAAAUAACAACAGAAGUAAGUACACAAUUAAGUAUCUGGAAGCGCAUAAGACAUAAAUAACUAAGAAGGUCUGCGCGGAUACUUUUUUCAUUGGAUUUGCAACUGACAUUUUAAAACGGGAAAGCUUUUUACUGUCCUAGCUAACUUAAUAAAUUAGCUAUAUAAUAUCAGGGAACUUACAAAUUAUUUAGGAAGCAGAUAUCAUAUAUUUAACAUUAAAAGUACUUAGAUUUUUUUGUUGUGGACUCAUU